AUGUGGGGCAUCGAGUGGUCGCUCAACCGAGUGCUCAACCUGGUCGUGCCGCCGCUCGGCCUGCUGCUGCUGCUCGCAUGGGCGCCCGUGCUCUUCGCGCUCAACUAUGCCGUCCGCCUCGUCCGUUCCUUCUUUUCCGUGAACGCCGCGCGGGAUAAGGCCGUGCUCAUCACAGGAGCGUCGUCGGGCAUCGGCGAGCAUAUUGCGUACGAAUUCGCUCGUCGCGGCGCUCGCCUGGUGCUGUGUGCUCGGAGGGAGGGGCGGCUGCGCGAGGUGGCUCGGCGAUGCGGCAACAUGGGCGCGGCAGACGUGAGAAUCGUGGAAGGGGACGUGUCCAAGGAAGACGAUUGCCGGCGCAUGGUGGAUGCUGCCAUCACCAACUUCAGAAGCUUGGAUUAUCUGGUGUGCAACGCGGGGAUUGGCCAUGCCUUUCUCUUCAAGGAUGCUCAAAGCAUAGAGGCCAUGAGACAAGUCAUGGAUGUGGAUUUUUUUGGCAGUAUGUGGAUCACACUGCAUGCCCUGCCCUUCCUGCGAAGGGCUCGAGGUCAGAUCCUUGUGAAUGCCUCCAUUGGCGCUUUCCUGCCCAUGCCGCGCUUCAGUAUCUACAAUGCUUCCAAGGCAGGAUUGACUCAGUUCUUUGAUACACUUAGGGCGGAACCAGUUGGGGCAGAUGUUGGCAUUACAAUUGGAUUUCCUGGUGCUACAGCAUCUGAGCUAGCAGCUGGAAAGGUGCUGGAUGAGCAAGGCCGAAUGGUGGUGGAUCAGGAUCGACGUGAUGCGCUCCUAGGCCCUCAACCCAUGCUCCGGACUGAUACAGUUGCCAAAGCAUUGGUUGACGGAGCAUGUUGUGGUGCCCGUUAUGUCCUGAUUCCUACAUGGUUUUCAGCUGCUCUGCUGUUUCGCCUGUUUGCACCAGAAGCCUUGGCACAACUUGUCCUUGCAGAUGAUGAUGCUGCCUCUCAUGAAAGGAGCUACCCCAAUCGCUAA